UGGGUUUGAUGUGGUGACUUUGGUUUCAGAACAGCAGAAGAUAUGCCUUUCACUGGUUAAGGCUUUAGUUAUUUCCCAACUUUUUCCUUUGUCGUUGAGUUCUUGGGCAUUAAGUUUGGAGUUGAUGGGGUAG